AUGGCAGAGCGGCAACAACAGAAACACGAAGGCAGGGUAAAGAUCGGCCACUACAUCCUGGGAGACACGCUCGGAGUGGGAACAUUCGGGAAAGUGAAGAUUGGGGUGCAUCAGCUGACGGGCCAUAAAGUGGCUGUAAAGAUCCUAAACAGACAGAAGAUCCGAAGCCUCGAUGUCGUCGGGAAGAUCAAACGGGAGAUCCAGAACCUCAAACUGUUCAGACACCCUCACAUUAUCAAGCUGUACCAGGUGAUAAGCACACCCACAGAUUUCUUCAUGGUGAUGGAGUAUGUAUCUGGAGGGGAGUUAUUUGACUACAUCUGCAAGAAUGGACGGGUGGAGGACACAGAAGCUCGCCGUCUUUUCCAGCAGAUAAUCUCAGCUGUGGACUACUGUCACAGGCACAUGGUGGUCCACAGAGACCUUAAACCUGAGAACGUCCUGCUGGACGCCAGCAAGAACGCCAAGAUAGCCGACUUCGGUCUGUCAAACAUGAUGUCAGAUGGGGAGUUCCUACGGACGAGCUGCGGCUCACCCAACUACGCUGCUCCAGAAGUUAUCUCAGGAAGGCUCUACGCAGGCCCAGAGGUGGACAUCUGGAGCAGUGGGGUGAUCCUGUACGCCCUGCUGUGCGGCACUCUACCCUUCGACGACGAACACGUCCCCACGCUGUUUAAGAAGAUCAGAGGAGGCGUCUUCUACAUCCCAGAGUACCUGACUCGCUCGGUGGCCUCGCUGCUCAUGCACAUGCUGCAGGUGGACCCUCUGAAGAGAGCCACCAUCAAAGACAUCAGGGAACAUGAGUGGUUUAAGCAGGACCUGCCAGGCUACCUGUUCCCUGAGGACCCCUCGUAUGAUACUUCAGUCCUGGACGAGGAGGCCGUCAGGGAAGUGUGUGACAAGUUUGAAUGCACUGAGUCCGAGGUUAUAUCCAGCCUUUACAGCGGGGAUCCACAGGAUCAGCUGGCAGUAGCCUAUCACCUUAUAAUAGACAACCGGCGCAUCAUGACGCAGGCCAGUGAGUUCUACCUGGCCUCCAGCCCUCCCCAGGGCUCCUUCAUAGAGGAGGGCAUGCCGCUGCCCCCCGGGGUCAAACCCCACCCAGAGAGGAUGCCUCCGCUGCUGGCUGACAGCCCCAAGUCUCGCUGUCCUCUGGAUGCUCUCAACACCACUCGGCCCAAACCUCUGGCAGUGAAGAAGGCAAAGUGGCACCUUGGUAUCAGGAGUCAGAGCAGACCUUAUGACAUCAUGGCUGAAGUGUACAGAGCCAUGAGACAACUCAGCUUUGACUGGAAGGUGGUAAACCCGUAUCACCUGCGGGUCCGGAGGAAGAAUCCAGUAACGGGAAACUUGGUGAAGAUGAGCCUGCAGCUGUACCAGGUGGACAGCAGAUCCUACCUCCUCGACUUCAAGAGCAUCGAUGAUGACAUCAUGGAGGCGGUGGGCUUUAAAUCGGGUUCAUCCACCCCUCAGAGGUCCGGCUCCACGGCCGGUCUCUACAGACCCAGACUGAGCAUCGACUCCGCAAGUCCAGCGAUCGAUCUGCCACAACUCAGCUCCUCCCUGCCGGGAUCCCUGUCUGGGAGCAACCCUCUCCUCGCUCCUCGUCAGGGCUCACACACCAUGGACUUCUUUGAAAUGUGCGCCAGUCUGAUCACCACGCUGGCGCGCUGAGGCCCGUCGACUCCUGACCUCGCUGUAACCUGGAUGUCUGCGCUGAUCCGGGACGUAGGGAGUGUAGAUGUUCAGAGUGACUUCCUCUCUCUGUCUCCUUUCCAUCUCCACUUCAGUGGUAUUGGACACA